AUGAUAGGAGAAGGAAAAGUUAAAUAUCUGAAAUUUCAAGAUGGUGAGGAAUCUGAUUGGAUUAAAAUCCCAGAGCAGUUUUUAUUCAAUGAUGGAGAUAAUAACAUCAAUUCUCUUAUGACAAAAACAUAUCCCAAUUUGCUCGAGAGGUAUAAAGAUUCUGCUUAUCUGAAAGAACGAGCCAUUUUAGCACCAAAAAAUGAGGAUGUUGAUGAAAUUAAUUCCAUAAUGGUAUCUAUGAUUCCUGCUGGUAUCCGGAAGUAUUAUAGUGCCGAUACUGUAGCACCGGGUGAAGCUCAAAAUUCAGAACAACAUUUAAAUCCUCCCAAGCUGUUGAAUAUGAUAAAUCUUUUUGGAUUUCCUAAUCAUUUUCUGGAGCUUAAAGAAGGCACACCAAUAAUUCUUCUCAGGAAUAUCAAUCAAUCAUUGGGUCUUUGCAAUAGAACUCAACUUACUAUUCCAAAGUUGGGUGAUAAAGUUCUUGAGGCGCGAAUUAUCAGUGGUUCUCAUGUAGGUGAGGAAGUGUUAAUUCCACGGAUCAUAUUGACCACAACUCAAACUUAA